UUAUCAAUCAGUGAUGGAAUUGUUAAAUGUAUCCAGAUUAUUCACUUCUGGACAUAAUUUCCAACAUUAGAAACCAGUUUACUAUUUUUGUGAGACUGAUUGGUUUUUCCAUUUGUGAAUCUCGUGGAUGCUUUCAUGCGCUCUAAGAAAAAUGGAAAUUUCUGCAUCAAAAAGCAGAUUUUCUUAGAGUAGUUUUAUGAUCCCCUAUAAUCUGUCCACAUGGUGAAAAAAAUCUAGUGAUAAAAAAAAUGCACCUUAUGCUUGCGGUUUGCCAAGAUAGCCAUGGUUGCUGUUUAAUGUUUAGUAAACAAAAUGAUUAAUGUGUGUAGGCUACUUAUUGCCUUACAAUGUUAAUAAUAGAAUAUUUUUAUGUAUAUAGCACUUAUCAAAACAAAGUGACAAAGUUAUUCACAUAGCCAGCAAUGGACACAUAAAACAACAUUGAAACACAUAAAAACUCUGCAAUAAAACAAUAAAAAGUAAUAAACAAAGGGCAUAAAAAAUAAAAAAUGGCAAAACCCCUAAACAGAGUAAAAACUAGAAUGGGGACAUUAUUGGGUUCAACGGGUUUAAAAUCCCUACAUUUACCAAACUUAAUAAUAUUUUCCAACACUUGAGUGCAACAACAACCUCACGUGGAAACAUCAAAAGUCGGAGCGUCACAUCAGUCCUUGAACGCAGCACUCCCGCGCUGUGGUGAAGCUGGUCUCUCUCCACUGCAGACAGAUGAGAUGGCAACACUGGGAGCAGCAACAGGUUGGGGUUGUUCAAGUUUCUGCAUAUUGAUUUGACACUUGUGUUCUCUUUAAGAGUCUGCAGAGGAGAGAAGAUCUGAGUAUCUGCAGGUUCACAAAUUCAUCUGGUCGAAUUUUGUGUAAAAAAAAAGUUUUUUAGAGUUUUUGGUCAAUUAGCAUCCUCAUGCGUCCAGGUAACCAUCACAAGUUCUGUACACCAACUUUUUUUGUUCUCAUUUUCAACUCACUUUUAGCAACUUGGAUGCUUGACGGGACCUCCAGCACAACACAAUCGAUUUUGAUCAAUUAGGAGAAUAAUAUUUGUCUUCAGUGAAGCAUCACCACAGGCUUUACAGACUACCAGAAACUCCUCUCCGGCUCUUCGGGAUGUUUUCCACGGCUCUCCUCCUCGCAGCGCUCGGACUUUUUGCGCAUCUGGACACUUUUACGCACGGGUGCCAGCUCCCCUCCGAGUGGCGGCCGCUGAGCGAGGGCUGCCGGGCGGAACUGGCGGAGAUCAUCGUGUACGCCCGGGUGCUGGCGAUCCACCGGGAGCCCCUGGGCGGCGGGGCGGGCAGUCUGUACAACUCGUUGCCCUUCGGGUUCGGGUAUGGAUACGAGGGCGCGGAGGAAGGGCUGCUGUACUCUGCGGAGGUGGAGUUGCUGUGCGACCAGGCCUGGGGCAGCAUGCUGGAGGUGCCCUCUGGAUCAAGACUCAACCUGACCGGACUGGGGUACCUGUCCUGCCAGUCCCACACCGUGAUGGAGAACUACUCCUACUUCUUCUUCCUCAGGAUGGACGAGAACUACAACAUCCUGCCCCAUGGCGUCAACUUCCAGGAUGCCAUCUUCCCCGACACGUCCGAGAACAGGCGCACGUUCUCCAGCCUCUUCCAGUUCUCCAACUGCACCCAAGGGAGUCAGCCCUUCCACACCUUCAGCCCUGAGUGGGACACCCAGGAGGACAGCAGGCUGCUGUGCUCCUCGGUGCAGGCCGCACUGUUCGAGGAGGAGGAGCGAGGCCGCAAGCUGCAGGAGCGCCUGGCCGCGGCGGAGAGGAGGAACCGGCAGCUGAAGGAGCGCGUACGUAAGGUGAAGCGCUCCCUGAGGAAUGCCCGCAAGGCUGCACGCAAGGCCGAGCAGGAGGCGCAGGAGCUGCAGGAGAGGCUGAAGGCCAUGGAGCGGAGGGUGGGGCAUCACCUCAACGCCAUUACACAGGAGGAGCCACCACCCGGACGUUAUGCAAACACGGAGAUACGCCAGCGAAUGCAACUUUAACCAAUCCCACCUGCCCCAAACUGCCACCCACCUAGACUGAAUACUGGCUGUGGAGAGUGAGACUGCUGGGCGGUCUCUACUGAAGGGACAAACAAAUAGCAACUGUCACAUAUGAGUAAACACACUUUAACGUAAUAAUCAACAUAGAUUCUUGUAAAUAAACUACUCUGUCUCUUUUUGUAUUUCUGAAUGCUAUAAUACAAGAGUGAGGGUCAGGACCACUCCAGGUCACCUGACAAAAGAACAAAAAAGUGAAUGAAGAGAAUCAAACAUGUAUUUUCUCAAUGAUUCCUCUCACAGGUGGAGCAGUACUUGAGCUGUGCCGCCAUCUGAAAGUGGUUUCAGUUGCUGCUCAGUGCUCCUCUCAGGCCGUGAUCACGUAGGAUUUGUUUUUUUCUCCAACGCAAAGCGCAGCUGUGAGCGGCUAAAGUGGCAGCAGGAGCUUAUUGGAGAGAGAAGCAGUAUUCUGUUUGCCAUUCAACUGUCUAGUUUUUCUGAACCUGAAGUAGUUAAUGUCUUAAAAAAUAACAAAAAGGUUAUGUAUUGGUCUGUUUAUGCUGGGGCUUAGCUAACGCUUCGGCUCGGGUAGAGCUUUAUCUUUUUAUUACGUCUUAAAAACAACCCUAGUGAUGUCAUCGGGGUUAUCUUGGCUUCUGUUUGGACAUUUUCUGACAGAACAUGUUACAUAUUGGGGACAUGAACUUUGAAAGACAUUAGUGUUUACCAGGCAGGCUCAGGAAGAAGAUGCUAUUGAGUUGCAUUAUGGGAAGUGUAGGAUCUAGUGUUUAUAACAUCACUUCAUCAGGUGAAACCAACUUUAUAAAAUAGUCAACAUAAGUCCAAAACAGAAUUUUAUGAUUCUGAUACUUUAUUGUACAUUAACUGAUUUUCUGGCCAUUUUGGGGCUGUGACACAUCAUUUUAAUAUAGCUUUUGUUAGCAAACAGCUUCUUAUUUAAACAUCCUGAAGACACGAGGCAACAUUAACAUUCAUUUGGAGUUGUGUUUCAGGCCACCGGGUGAAUGUGAGUGAGUAAAAUAUCUCUUAGCUGCUUAAUGCUCCACUAUGUUCAUUGGCUAGUUGCUAACUUUGUGUGUAUGCUGUUUGGUGCGUGGCAGGUAAUGUGUGGUGGGUUAAUUGGAGCUUUUUAUUAUUUUUUUUACAGAAAAAAACUGCCUGCUACAAAUGGAAACUAUGUUGAUGAGAGCCAUUAGACUCAAUCAUUAAAGUUGCAGGCCAGAAAACAAAAACAACGAGCUGAUAAAAUACUCUACUGAGUAUGAGUGGAACUUUGGUGAUAAUUCUCAGUGGGUUCAUCACUAUGAGUGACCCUUUCCACAGUACACAUACUAAUUUGACCCAUGGUUGGUAUAAAAAUAUUAAUUAUAGCAGCUUUAAGUAAUUGACAGACUUGUAGUUGUCAUUUUAAGGCUUUUUGUUUUUGCAGCUUUUUGCAACACACAUUGUAUCCAAAGUAAGGACAAAAGCCUCUUAUGUAAUCACGGCCUAGUGAAGCAAUGAUAAAAGACAUUACAUUUAAUUUCAAUGAUGUUGUGAUUUAUCAACUUUUCCUUUCACUGAAAUUGUGAGCAAAGACUGGUGAAUAAGAAUUCUGGGAUGUUUGAGAAGGUUCAUUUAUUAUUAAUUUGAGCUUUUUAAAGUCUGUAACAUCAGCUUGUAUGUGGAUAUUUUUGUAUGAGUGUUUUUUUCUGCAUAUAAAAUUUGCUUUGGAUGAA